GAUUUUAUUUAGUUUUUUAUGUUUUUUUUUUAACAAUAUUCAAAAUUCUCAACCGGAAAAAUGAAUUGCAAGCGACAUGGUGGUGCAGCAAGGAGUCUCACACUUAUACCCCCUAAGCCAUCCGUUUCAACGAUAAGUGGAGAAUCUCCAGAGAUAUCGCGUCGAAUGAAGAAAUAUCUCAAAUUGAUUGAUCUGUACAAAGGCCACGACUGCUUGUGGCAUCAAUGUAAUAGCGAAUUUUUCGAUAAACCUGUGAAGGAGAAAGUCUGGAAGGAGAUUGCCAGAAAGAUGAAGAAAAAGUCAGAUACUAAUCGCUGGAAAUUCCUGAUUAACAAACUUCGCUAUAAAGUCGAACUGGAGCGCCUACAUCAGCAAGAGGCCAAGUUCCAGCCGGAUAUAGAGCUGCCGCCUAAACUGGAAUAUUCGGAUAAAUUUCAAUUCUUAAAUCAUAUGUUUGAUAGAAAGUGGGGUAAAUCUCCUGUAACCACAGAGACUUCCAUUCCACAUAGACCUGCUUGCUUUUUGAUGUUGAAUUCCGCUAGAAAGGAUUGCAGCAAAGUGACAUCGUAUGCCAGCAAGCUAAAGGCGCUGGGAAACAUAAGGAACAACAAGUGCAGCAGGCUAAGUCUCUCGCACGAGGCCUUUCGCAAGAUGAUGGUGGCCACCAGUGGCUCCCUGUCAGAUUUCGGCAAUGAGGAAAAAUAAGAAUAGAAUUGCAACAUAACCAUGAAAUAGUUGGAACGAAAAAACACCUUUUAAAGAAAACAUAAUUGCCAGCCUACCCAUAAGGCCAAGCCAGGGAAUGGAGAAGAGAUAUGUCGAUAGCUUCAUCGAGCGUUGAAGUAUAUCUCUGGCGGAAAAAGGAAGAUGUGGAAUGGGCUGGAAGAUGUUAUUGGGAGGGAAAACAUUAUU